AGUGCUCACUGUGACUCACUGUAAGCCAGCCAAACAAGCUGACAUGGCACUUAUGAAUCCCCAAGUAAAGCCUCAGGCAGAGACGCUGCAGGAUGUUGCCAGUAAAAUCUAGAGGCUAGUUAAAAAUAACUUAUUUCUCUCAGAGGGGAACAGAGCAGCAGCUACCCAGUGUCAUGGCACCGUCAGAGGACAGUGUGAGUGCCUGGAGCUGUAAGCAGGUGGCCCAGUGGCUGCAGGAAGAAGGUUUUGGGGAGUAUGUGGAGUUAUUGUGUACCCAGCACCGCCUGGACGGCCUCAGCCUGCUGGCUCUGACUGAGGCCGACCUGCGUGGGCCUCCGCUGGGCCUCACCGUGCUAGGAGACAUCAAGAGGCUGAACAUAGCCCUCCGCCGGCUCCAGAGACAGAACCAGGCCCAGCUGGAGGAGCUGGGUCUCCGGCCUACAGACAGUUUCCCUACUGGGCUCUUGCUGGGCGCCGCAGGGGUCGAGUGGAGCUGUGACGGAGCCGACAGGAGGUACAACGGAGGUGAUCGGUCAUGUAACGGCACUGAGCUGCGGCUGAGGAACGGUGAUAGAUCUGGAUAUGGCUCAGGAGCAGCUCUGUGCCAUAUGCACUCCAACGGGAGGUGUAGGCAGCACCUGGCUGGUAGAUUGGACCCAGAGGUGUGGAAGACGGUCCUCAGUACCAUUUAUGUCUUUUUUGUGUUUGGAUUCACAUCAUUUGUCAUGGUCCUCGUACAUGAACGUGUCCCGGACACAAGGACAUACCCGCCACUGCCUGACAUAUUCCUUGACAGUGUUCCCAGAAUCCCUUGGGCUUUUGCAAUGGCUGAAGCCUGUGGCGUCAUCCUGUGUUAUAUGUUUAUGUUGAUCCUGCUCCUUCACAAACACAGGUCUAUUCUCUUCAGGCGGCUGUGUUCUCUGAUGGGAACAGUGUUUUUGCUUCGAUGUUGCACCAUGUUUGUUACCUCGCUCUCUGUCCCUGGCCAGCACCUGAAGUGUGCCAGUAAGACUUACGGUGACACCUUGGGAAAGAUACAGAGGGCGCUAGCGAUCUGGAGUGGAUUUGGGAUGACUCUGACAGGAGUCCAAACGUGUGGAGACUACAUGUUCAGUGGACACACUGUUGUCAUCACAAUGCUCAACUUUUUUGUGACUGAAUACACUCCACGAACCUGGAAUCUGAUUCACACUAUCUCCUGGGUUUUAAACCUGUUUGGGAUUUUCUUCAUUCUGGCGGCUCACGAGCACUACUCCAUCGACGUGUUCAUCGCCUUCUACAUCACUACUCGCCUCUUCCUCUACUACCACACCUUAGCUAACACCCGUGCCUACCAGCACAGCCGAAGGGCGCGCAUUUGGUUUCCCAUGUUCUCUUUCUUUGAGUGCAAUGUGAACGGACCUGUCCCCAACCAGUAUCACUGGCCCUUCGACAAACCUGCCUUCAUGAAAACUCUGAUCGGAUAGAGUAUUCUGUCAAAGAUCAGCACUGUGCAAUGUGCAUGGACUUUAAUAUUAAAGCCGAAAUGAGAAACGUUUUACUUGAAAUGCUGCUUCUUAUCUGAGGAUGGUUAUAGGUUUAUUUUUGUGGGAGUUUUUUCCCCUCAUUUGUAUAAAUGCAUUAUCUUUAUUUUGUCGACUGAUCUUAUGUUCAAAGGAAUAGUUGGAAAUUUUGGGAAAUAUGUUUAUUUACUUCUGUGCCAAAAGCUGUUUGAGAAGAUUAAUAGUAUUACACUCUCGUCUCUGUCUGUUUAAAUAUGACGCUAAAGCCAGCAUUUGGUAAGCUUACAAAUUUGUGAGCUUUACAGGAGCUGGUAGGUUAGACAGAGCCAUGCUAGCUGUUUCCCCUUGUUUCCAGUCUUUAUGCUAAGCUAAGCUAACCAGCUGCUGGCAGUCGGGUCACAUUUAGCGUACAGACAUGAGAGUGGUAUCAGUCCUCUCAUCUAACUCUUAGCAAGAAAUCGGUUAUGUGUAUUUCCCCAAAUGUUAAACAAGUCCAUUAAAUUUAAUUGCAAACUGCCAAGUAAAACAAAGAAAUGUGGUGAAUUACGGGGCCUAAAAGCUGCAGGUGCAGAUCAUUUUCUUGGAGAUUUAUUUGCCUUAUUUUAAAUCACUUUCAUCAUUCAUGUUUCACUUUGGGGAUGUUUAAGGUUCACUGAUGGUCUGUUGGUUGUUACUCUCUCUCAGAAUUUAAUGUAAUGCAUGUUGAUACUGUAGUUCUCACUUGUUUGGGAGUCAUCGUGGUGACAGUUCACAUGUUGUUUUGCUGCAAACAGAUUUGACACCCGUUUGGUAACUACCAAAGGAGCAGUUGUUUCUUUUGAUGUGCAAUGGGAAUAACACUUCCUGUCCUGAAAGAGCUCUCUUUCAGUCACUUUUUAGUUUCUUCUUCAUUUCCACUUCAUAAAGUGAACUCUGCAUCUUUUGUUAUAUUUGAUAAAUGUCACCAUUGGGAUUGUGAAGCUUCCUACAUUCACUUUUAAGCUGAACAUUACACUAAAUGUUCAGUUUUGCCAAUCAGCCCUUUAUUUUCUUUAUCCUAAUUUUAUCUCGUUUUAUGGUUUUCUUUUUUUUUAAUGAUUGUUAAUUAUGUAAUGAGUAUGUAAAUGUAUGGAGCUGGAUUUUGUUGAAGCUUUAUUGUCCAGAGUUUUUCUGUGUUGCACAGAACAAAUACUGCUAGAAACAAAGUUUCAAAAGUACAUUGUUUACUAUGUCAUGGUUGAUCCAAACUAUAUCUUUUUAAUAAUUGUUUACAAUUUGUGGCUUUAUUUGCAAUGCAAGUAAUCUAUCUCUGCCUUUUGGCUCAGCAAUAAAAGUUUACAGAUAAGGAAAACUGUUUUUAUAUUUCAGACUAAUUGUCUCCUUGGCUGCUUUUUCACUAAUGUGUAUGUUUUUGCAUUUGUUGAAUAAAGUGGAUUAUAAAUUUUAUUAAAAA